AUGGGUAAGCUUCCUUCUUCUUUUAUUAUUCGUUCAGUUGUUAAUGGUGGAAGCCAUCUUUCUAAUUUCCACUCUUUUUCUUCUUCUUCUAACACCAUUGCUACCCACAUCGAAGCCCUAAGUAAGAAACCCAUGCCUGUUAGAGAAAAGGGAAAAAGAGACCACCGCUUCGAUAAUGUUGAUGAUGCUUUGAUUUUGUUCAAUAAGAUGACUGAAAAGCACCCAAAGCCUUCAAUUGUGGAAUUCACUAAAUUAUUAGCACCCAUUGGUCGAAUUGAUUUUGGGUUUUUUGUUUUAGGGAAAAUGUUGAAGUUAGGUGUUGAACCUGAUGUUGUAACUUUUUCCACUUUGAUUAAUGGAUUUUGUAAUCAAAAUAAGAUUUUUGAGGUUGUUAGUAUAUUCGAUGAAAUGGCUGAAAGAGGGUAUCAAGCUCAGUUGAUUGCUUACAAUACAAUACUUAAGGGGUUGCGUAAGAUAGGCAAUAUUGAUAGAGCUGAGGAGGCAACAAGGCUCUUGAAUGAAAUGGUGGAUAACAAUAUUUCACUUGAUAUUGUCACAUAUAAUUUAUUGAUUGAUGCUCUUUGCAAUGAUGGAAAGAUUUCUAAAGCUGUAGAGACCGUUGACAUGAUGAGAAAGCAAGGCAUUGAGCCUAAUGUGGUUGUUAUUGGUAUGUGGUAUAUAAUUGCUUGA